AUGGCUCUUUACACUCCUCCGUCCUUGCCACACUCUCCCCAGUACCUCUCUCUUCCUCCUCCUCCUCCUUCUCCUCUCCCAACCGAGCUCCUCGUUAGUUGGUCUUCAUGGCGUCCCCCCAAACCCGAGCCUCCCCUGACCCCCCCUCUCUCAAAUAUUCCUUCCACACGCGUCUUACCGCGUCAUUCGCAUUCAAAGCUUGUUCUUCCUUCCAUUGCCCAUCUCGACCACGCUUUAUCGCGCGUUCUGCCUGUGACGCCGCCACAGUCCUCCGACCCGCGCGACUGCUAUACCUCCUCUCUGAGGCUCCCUGCCAUCUCUCACUCUCAUCCUCAACCCCCAUCUCAGCCGCACGGUCUCUCCGCGACAGAGUCUCUUCCUUCUCCUUCCAUUCACCUGGACUGGUUUUCUACUUCCGAACAGCGCUCCUCGCAGUUCAUUGCCGAAAAGACUUGCGAGAUGAUUUGUUACCUCUGGUUCUCUAGUCUCUCAGAGUCCUCCUCUCCCUCAAAACGGAAUCGCAUUGCGUCCGAAGAUCAAAUUCCGUACAUCCCACCUAGUAAUUCUACGACUGCGUCGCUUCAAUUUUCAGUAUCGCCGGCUUUCAUUCGUUUCAUGCAAAAGGUACUCGACACAACCCAAGUUAGCCAGUCUGUAAUCGUCCUUUCACUACAUUACAUUUUCCGCAUGAAAGCCCGUAAUCGUUUUACCUCCGGUCAAGCCGGGAGCGAGUACAGAGUAGCUAUCGCUGCGCUUAUGAUGGCCAAUAAAUUUCUUGACGACAAUACAUACACGAACAAAACAUGGUCUGAAGUUUCCGGCAUCGAUCUAGACGAGGUGAACAGAAUGGAGAAGGAGUUCUUGCUAGGAAUUGACUUUGGUUUAUAUGUGGACAAGUCCACAUAUGAUUCGUGGUUGAACCUACUCCAGGGACUCGUGAUGGCGAAAGAAAGGGAGUUACAGCAGUGGCGUCGGUCAUGGCGGCCCAGUCGCUCCUUGCACCGGAGUCAUCACCCACGGCAACAUCCUAUCCAUCUCGUUCGUUCGCAUUCUACCUCUCACCGAGCGCGGUCUUCGUCACCAAAGCGCUGUUCGUCCAAUACGCACACGCCGUCUGCAUACCCCAUGCAGAUUGAUUCGUAUGCACCUCCCACCCACGCCGCUUACUUACCUCCGCUGGUGUCGGGCUAUAAGCGGUCUGCUUCUGACGCAUUUCACGCAUCGGAAAUGCCGUCACAACCUGCGACGGAGCCCCCGCGUCGGUCUAUGGGUCUCACCCUGCAGAUUCCGGAGCUCGAGCAUUCAAGCGGCUGUUCCAGUGAAAGCUCAGCGUCACCCAGCGAACCACUGCAAUCCUUCGCCAAGUUGUCACUCGGCGCUUCGCCCGUCGACAACGGGGGCACUCAAUGGACGUCCGCCGUGGGACAGUACGAUGUACCGCGGACUCUGGUUUCGGCGUACCGUAUUGAUGAUACGCGUACCUACGCAGUCCCUGAGAACUUGUACUUCUAUACGCUGUCCUGCUCGCCAUCACAAGAAGACAGCGAUAUUCGCAAGGGCAGAUUACGGUAUCAUCAGCCCAUCGCGCAUGGUUCCACCGCCCGUGAGAUCCGCCCGACGGUGCCUAUGGUCGUUCAGUCGGCGUGUGCCAGUCCGUACGACAUGCACGUGCGUUUGCCUGUCGCUGCGGCUCUGCCUCCGUUCUCCAAGUUCUCUGAGCACCGGCCACGGGCGCACAUGCCAGCUUGUUCCCAGCAGCACGACGCCCUGUACAGCUCACGACGGGCCGCGUACCCCUCUCAGACCUCUGUUCCAUCCGCCCCUUUUGCCAACGCUGGUCCCCCGGGAUUCCAGUUUUACUCUACAGCACCGCCGUCCUCGUCGCCAUAUUCAGGCUCGCGAGGUCGGCGUCUUUAA